AAGCACCCCAAACAUUUGUUCAAGCCCACAAAAGCAUACCACACAGUCUCACACAUCAAGAGGAGAGGGAAAGAAAGAAAAAAAACAGAAAAACAAAACAGCUGAAUUUGGUGUCUAGUCUACAUUAAGAUUGUCAAGAGAUGGAUUUUGAUUCAUCUUUCUUCCAAUACCAAAACUUUAACUCUUCCUUUGUAAAUUCCUCUGUUUGUGCAGAACCAUUCUCUUGGGAGAACUUUCUUUUCUUCAAUGAAGAAAACACCACCACCACCACCCUUAAUUCCUUCACCAUCACUGACCACUCCUCACAAUCACGAAUCAAGGAAUCAUCAUCCUCAGAUUAUUCCAACUCUUCGGGCUCCUUGGUCAGCACUGAGUCACAACUAGAAGUCUCAUCCAAUUUAACUCAUGCAAGCCAUCAACUCGAAACACAUGCAUCACCACAACCACCAAAAGAAGGUAACAAAGACAAGAGACCCUUCAGAGGAGUGAGGAGAAGGCCAUGGGGAAAAUUUGCUGCUGAAAUAAGAGACUCCACAAGAAAUGGGGUCAGAGUUUGGAUUGGCACAUUUGACACAGCUGAAGCAGCAGCACUGGCUUAUGACCAAGCUGCUUUGUCCACAAGAGGGUCCAUGGCAGUGCUGAAUUUCCCAGAAGAAGUGGUGAGGGAAUCACUCAAAGACAUGCAGAACAAUAAUAAGCCAUCAUUGGAAGAUGGUUCCUCUCCAGUGUUGGCACUCAAGAGAAAACACACCAUGAGGAGAAAAUCCAAAGCCACUAACAAAAAAACCAAAAGGGGUCAUGGAAUGGAGUUAGAAAAUAUUGUGCUUUCACAAAAUGUGCUGGUCUUGGAGGACUUGGGUUCUGAGUACUUGGAGCAACUUCUCAGCUUGACUUCUUCUGAUGAUGAUUUCCUUUGCUAGUAACUAAUUAGUUUAAUUUAAUUAGGUAAUUUCCUGCAUUUGAAUUUUUUUCAUUAAUUAAUUUAAUUAGGUAAAUUUGUUGUUGUUGGCAUUCGGAUUCGCCACGUUUCAUCAUCUCUCUUUUGGUGGUGAUUUGUUUUUUCCGGUGUCGUCAUAAAGUAAUGAGAGAGAGAGAGAGAGAAGAAUGAAUAAGGAGUCCAAUUGUAUAAACAAAUGCCAUCAAGGAAAAAAAAAAAUCAAACAAUUGAUGUUGAAAUUUC